AUGGUGGACACUAUCCCCGUCACGGUGGAACCAGCUACAAGUGUGUCUCCCGUUGAUGUUAUUGCCAUGGGCGCAGCUGAGAAGAUCAUUGACUCUGUUGUCAACGAAAUCAUGGCGACGGUGGAACCAGCGGCCGACAGUGCCGUAUCGAAGACAGAUACAAUCCCACAACAACAAGAAGCAUGUAAGGAUAUGUCUCCGGCUGAUGCUGUCAUCGUGCCCGCAUCGAAAGAUGAUGCUGCUGAAGUAAGCAAAGGAGAAGGCGAAGACAGAGAAGAAAAGAUGAGGACAAAGAGGAUGGCCCGCCGUGCUCCACCGACCCCACAAGAAAUUGCUGCCCGAAUUGCGGAAGUAAGGAUGAGAGGGACUGAUUCUGGAGGAAGCCCACCAAGGAGAGAAGAAUCAGAAGAUUUGGGGAAAGCGAUUGUCCCUUAUGUUUCUUCUCAGGAUGCUGAAGUAAGAGAAGCGGGAACAUCGUCUCAAGAUUUGCCUUCAGGUGUCAAAGACAGAGAUGAUCUCUUGAGAUGGGUUCGUGAGUCUUUUCCAGGUGCUUAUGUUCAGAGAGCAGAGGAAGAUGAACAGGAGGACUCCACUACUGUUCUAGUAGGAGAAGGUUCAGAAGAGCAACAGGCUAGGGAUGAAGAUGCUGCAGAAAAAGAACCAGACCGAGCACAAGCAGAAGAAAUUGUUGGAGAAAGAAGUACAGAUGCUCCCACUAGUGCUAAAGAAGAGGUUGCUACUAUUCUAAGUGAAGUUCUGGAAAGUUCACAUAGUUCUGAUGAGAUCCCACUCAAAGACCGUGUUGCCCAGAUUGCUAAAGGGAAGAAAAAAAAGGAGAAGGUUAGCAAGUCCAAAAGAAAGUCUUUCUCUGAUCCCGAAGUAGAAGCUUCCCCUAGGCACAAGAGAAAGUGUACUGAAGUAGCAAAACAGGGGGAGAAACCAUCAGCAAGCUCUAAGAAAGAAAAGAAGAAGAAAGCAACCCAACAGGCAAAAGAUAGUGAUGAAGACAGAUUUCAUGGCAAAGCAUCCAAGAAGAAGUUUGAAUCUGUUGAAGGGAGAGGAGUUGUGGUUGAAAGGAUGAUUGAUGAAGGAGCUUUUGAGAAGUAUGGAUUAACUGAGCUGCUGCAACAAAGAAGUUUAUACAAGUCUGCAACAUUUCCAGAAAGCUAUAGUUUACCUCUAGUGCAUGAAUUUUACAAUAAUUUGCUGCCCUCUGACAAAGGGAUCACUAGAGUCUAUGUUCGAGGUAAGUGGAUCCCUUUUACUCCCACUUGUCUGAAUAAAUUCUUGGAGUUUAAACCAGAGGUGAAGGGAAACUAUGAAGAAGGGCUUGAGUUGAAUGAAGAAGUUCUGAAAGAGAUCACUGGAGGAAGGACAGAGUCAUGGGGAGAAGAGACAAGACUCCCAGCAUCCACCCUUACGCCCAAGUACAAUGUUUUGUUUAGACUUGGUAUUCGAGAUUGGUUACCGACCCGCACAAUUCCGAGCAUAGUGAAGGAGCUUGCUCUAUUGUUGUUUGCUAUUGGGAACUGGGAAGAAAUUUGUUCAACAUGUAGUACAACUCAGGAAUGGAGAAGUAGUCACAACAGUAAAGAAGUUGAAAAUUUCUCAGAAGCUAUUCAGCCCAGUUACAACACUGACUGGGACACAGACUACACUGACACUGAUACAACUUCAACUGGAGAACAGAGACCAGGACUGGUACAAGAUAUCAUCUAG